AUGGCAGAUCCUCCGGGUGGCGGCUUUGAAGGGAGCCAACCGGUGGAUCUCUCCAAGCACCCUUCUGGAAUUGUCCCUACUCUCCAGAACAUUGUGUCAACUGUCAACCUGGACUGCAAAUUGGAUCUCAAAGCAAUUGCUCUGCAGGCUCGAAAUGCAGAGUACAACCCAAAGCGUUUUGCUGCUGUUAUCAUGAGGAUUAGAGAACCCAAAACGACAGCACUCAUUUUUGCUUCUGGAAAGAUGGUCUGUACAGGAGCAAAGAGUGAGCAGCAGUCAAAAUUGGCAGCUCGGAAGUAUGCUAGAAUUAUCCAAAAGCUUGGAUUUCCAGCAAAGUUUAAGGAUUUCAAGAUUCAGAACAUAGUUGGCUCAUGUGACGUGAAAUUUCCUAUUAGACUUGAAGGCCUUGCCUAUGCCCAUGGUGCUUUUUCAAGUUAUGAACCCGAACUGUUCCCGGGAUUAAUCUAUCGGAUGAAACAACCAAAAAUUGUUUUGCUUAUCUUUGUUUCUGGAAAGAUUGUUCUCACUGGUGCAAAGGUUAGGGAUGAGACUUACACUGCCUUUGAGAACAUAUAUCCUGUUCUUACUGAGUUCAGAAAGAAUCAGCAAUGAUUCAGUUGGGAGAUUGGUGCUCUUGAUCAAGUUGACAACGGACUUACUUCCAAUGUGCUGUGUAACUGUAAAUAUUUGAGAGAUCCUUCAAGUCCGUUAUGUCACAUAUGGAUAAAAUUGUGAUAAGAAGACCGUUCCAGGACUAGAAAAUAAUAGACUGCUUAGAAAAUAAGCAGUAGUCUUUGAAUUACUCACUGGAAAUGGACUCCGGACUAGGGGAAGUUACCAACUGGUGAAUCCGGAUGUUUUAUUUUAAGCCUAGACUCAAAAGUACUUCACUGUGCGAAAUUAGCUUCAA